CAUAUCCACACGGCCUGCCGCGUCGAACCUCACCGCCCUAGCUCCCCCCACCACCACCACUGCCACUAAACUCAACCACCAACAUAUCCAUCCAUCAACACUUGCCACGAAACCAUGCCUUCCGGAAAUCUGAGCGUCGAUGGCAUCCAUGUCGACAUGGAGCAUCUCAAGAAGGGCGAGGUCAACCUCGGAACCUCAAUCAUGGCGGUGACCUUCAACGGUGGGGUUGUGCUCGGCGCCGAUUCUCGAACAACCACCGGAUCGUACAUCGCGAACCGAGUCACUGACAAGCUUACCCAAGUUCACGACACCAUCUGGUGCUGUCGCUCCGGAUCGGCCGCAGAUACUCAAGCAGUCGCGGAUAUCGUCCACUACCACCUCCAGAUGUACAAUGUCCAGAAUGCUCAGCCACCUACCACUGCCAUCGCCGGCGCCAUCUUCCAGGAGAUCUGCUACGCAAACAAGGAUCAGCUGAGUGCGGGCAUCAUCAUUGCCGGCUGGGACAAGCGCAGAGGUGGAGAAGUGUACUCAAUCCCAUUGGGCGGUUCCCUUCACAAGCAGGCGUAUGCCAUCGGCGGCUCCGGUUCGACAUACAUCUACGGUUACUGUGAUGCGAACUGGAAAGACGGCAUGACCGAAGAGGAGGCAGUUGAGUUUGUGAAGGGAUCGUUGACGGAGGCGAUCAAGUGGGACGGAAGCUCGGGUGGUGUUAUCAGGAUGGUGGUGCUCACCGAGCGAGGUCCCGACCGGAAGAUCUUUUUCCCGGAUGAGGACUACAAGGGCGAUGGAAAAUAGAUCCGCGUCUUUUUCACGAAGGCGUCUGAGAUGAAUUUGACAGGCAUAGGCGCGCUUUGUUGUACUAGAUGUUUGGCAACGUUUGAUCACUCUGUGGCUAUUGUGAGGCCGAGAGACACAUAUUGCCCGAGCACGAAUGCUAGGUUUGCUCUCCUCUGUAUUUGUAUCCCGCGGCUGUAGGGUGCGAUACCGCGGGUUAUUAGAUAUCCAGAGGUGGUAUGUAAAAAAGUGCAAUUAAAGC